GCAAGAAGCCAAGGCGCCUCGUCCGCGGCGCGAGGGUGCUUAGAGGCCAGAAUCGUUCAGGCGCGCUGCAGAGGUGUCCCAUAGAUCGAUUCUAAAACAGCCAGCAGCGCGAGCUCGGGCCACCGCGCACCGCACACCAGGCUCUCCAAAGGGUCAGCUGCCUCGAACCGAAUCAGCCUGUAGCAGCGUCGAUGGCGUCCCUCACGCCCGGCGCGGUCGAUUAUAUCGUCAACGAGAAGAUGACGGUCGCCGGCGGCCACCGGCCCGUGCUCCAGGUCGUCAAGUUCGGCAUGAUCACGAAUGCCCAAGGCCUCACACGCGAGAAGCUGUGGCUCAGCGACGGGGACCGCUGGGUCCUGGCGAUGGCGGUGCCGCAAGAGGGCCGCGUCCUCACGCCCGGCUGCUUCGUCCGCCUGAUUAAGUACGAAGGCGAGGAGCCGAUUCACGCGACGGACAUGGAGAUCGUCAGCCCGGCGCAGCCGCGCGUCGGGACGCCGACUCAGUACCGUAACGGCGCGGCGCUGCCGGCCGACGCCGUCCAGCCGGCGCCAUCGCCGCCGCCGCCGCCCACCGUCGAAGAGGUCGAGGCGACCUUCGCGACGGCGACGCUGUCCGCGGCGACGCCGACGAUCCAACUGAACGUGGGCGGCACGAUUUUCGAGACGACGGAGUCGACGCUCGCGCGCCACCCGGCGACCUUCUUCGGCGCGCUCGCGCGGAACCGCGGCGCCGCGACGCGCCUCUUCGUCGACCGCGAUCCGACGCAUUUUAGACAUGUACUCAACUACCUGCGAAGUGGCGUCGUCACGGCGCCGGCGGACGACGACGCCAAGGCGGAGCUUCUGCUCGAGCUCGAGUUCUACGCGCUGCACGACUUCGCCCGAGGGCUGUGCGGGCCCGUGCUCGAUUUGACGAAGCACCUCGACGCGGCCGGCGUGCUGGCGGACCGGGCCGACGAGGCCCGCCUGCGCGACGUCUUCGCGUCGGGCGACGCCGGGGCGAUCGGGCGGCUCGACCGGUACGAGGGCCUCGUGGACUUCUACAGUACGUACCCCGGGGGCGUCGCGUUCGCCGCGCCGCCGGCCGUCGACGCCGGCAGCACGCUGCUUUACGACGCGUUGGAGCCCAAGCCGCCGCUCGGCCGCGAGGGCUCACCGGCGACGUGUCAGUAUAUUGAUCAAUUCAAGGAGAACUUCGACGCCUUGUACCCGCAAGUGCUGACUCGACUGAGCAAGGUCAUGAAGAGCGGCCAAGUCUUCAUCGCCGGCGGGUCGGUUCUGCUGGGGCUGACCGCGCUAGAUCCAGCGGUCGCCCGGCUCAGCAACAUGCCGCUACGGACGCGGCACACGGCGUUCUGGAAGGCAAGCUCUAAGCAAGUGGGUGACGUGGACGUCUUCGUGUGCGCCAGUAGUCCUGAGGAAUGCUCGAUACUGGCCGAGCGAAUCUGGAACGCGCUUGCCGUCGACGGCGAGUUCUGGAAAUGCGAACGCAACCGCGGCGUGAUCAAUAUGACGAAGCAUCGGACCCAUUACUGCUAUGGGGAUGCAGAGCUCGUCGUCCAGGUCGUGCUGCGGCAGUACGCGUCGCUGACGGAGGUGCUGACGUGCUUUGACGUCGAUUGCUGCUGCGUCGGUCUCUCCUUGAAACGUGACUGGCGCGACGUGAAGAACUGGCGCGUGUGGGCUUUGCCGCGAGCCGUGCGCGCGCUGCAGUCCGGGAGAAAUGUAGUUAACGCGAUUCACGCGUGGCCGCGGAGUCCGGCCUAUGAGAUGCGCUUGACCAAGUAUGCCUGCCGCGGCUUCGCCGUGCUCUGCCCCGGCCUCGACCCGGCGAGCGUCGACGAAUCCAGGAUCCGCGCCACACCCUUCGACGCGCUGUCCGGCAUCGCGCGGCUCCUGCGCGUCGCGAACUUGGUUGAGCUCGCGCAGCCCACGACCUUCGAAGCCGCCAAGAAGCUCAUGAUCCAACGCUUCGGGAUGAGCGUGACGUUUGCGCUGAGCGGGAUUUACGAUGUUCCAGUGCACCUUCUCCCCGGGGAGGAAUUGGCCGGCGCGACCGUUCCUUCGGGCAAUGAAUUCUCGGAGGUUGCGUCAGCGCUGCACCCCGAUUCCACCGCGGAACAGGUCGCCGCGUUGCGUCGCCGGUACCCGCGCGACACGGCUUGGAGGGUGCUGACCCCCGCUGAGAAUUUCCAAGGGGGAGAUCGACAGUACGGGCGGCUGAUCGAGGCUGACACCGAGUCGCGCGCCGCGGCGUGGCGGGGCAUCGUCGACGCCGGCCACGACCACCUCGACUUGCCGCGGCGCAUCGCGUGGGACGACAGCCGCAACCAGAGGGAGUACCUCAACGUCCGCGACGCCGACCACGACGCGAUCUACUACGCUCAUGCGUACAAGGUGUGACACAUGUGCUGUCGUUACGAAGAGUAAGAACUACAAAGAUACGCCAAGAGAC